UUUCUUAAAUGAUUCUCUAUACAUGUAUGUACUCAUGUAACUAUAGUAACUAUAGCGUUGAUAUUUUGUUUUAGUUAAGUCUGUGGAUUUGUGUAUUCGAGUAACCUUGACAGCAUACGAUUGAAUGAAAGUAUUUUAUUUUAUCUAGUUAAUUUUUGAUGAAUAUGGAUUGCUUGAGAUUGAACUAUUUGAAUUGAACUUCAUCAUUAUUAUUCGCGUGGGUUCUAAGUGGGACAUAGGGCUUGGAUAGCAGAUCAUCAUUUCAUUGUGUUCUCUGCAGCGUUUUUUUUUGAGAGCUAGCUCCAUUUCACUGUAAAAUCAGAGCCCAAUUCAUCGUUUAGCAUUCGAGUUUAACUCGUGAGCUUGGUGGUAAAUUAUCAGUAGGAAGUGAAGGAAUCUAAUCCACUUUAAACCAACUGACUGACCCGGCAGUUCCAAUUAUAUUAUGGAGGAUACUAUUGAGAAGAAAGAAGGCGAAGACGAGAAAACUGUUAGUAGACAGAAUAGUCAAGAGCUGAAAGACACUGUCAUCAAAAGUAUUUAUGAUUCAACGGCAUCAGCGAGAAGUAGGAAAGUUACUCUAAGUCAGAUAUGUCGUUGUCUGCAAAUGUUAAAUCAGUGUCCAACACAAGCUGAUUUAAAUAAAAUUUAUUCUGAUUAUACACCUGAUGAUAUGGAAGAGGCUAAACCAGAAACAAUCCUAUUGGAUUUAGAAGAUUUCACUGAGAUAAUUAAAACAUAUUCACGUACAAGAGAUGAACGCUGGAAUCAAAUAAAUAAUGCAUUUCUUUAUUUUGAUAAACUGGAAUCUGGUGUGGUGGACACAGAACCAAUGAAAACUAUGCUGUUAACAGUUGGUGAUUGUUUAACAGACAAGGAGUGUAAUGAAUUUUUUAAAGAAGCUGCUCCCGGAUCCGAUGGAAAAUGGCCAUAUGAUGAAUUUCUGAAGAAAUUGGUUGAUGCUUAUCCACGACCACAGUCGAAGAAGUCAACACCUGUAAGUACUGCGAAGAAGAAGGCCACCAAAAAGUGAAUAUAUACAGAGGAAGAUAAACUCAAUAAAAAAAUAAAUGUGUUUCUUGUUUUAAAUGGAAGCAUUUACAUUCAUAAAAUCUGUACAAGCUUUAAACUUUAUUUGGGGAUGAUUGAUAUCGCGUCUCAUGUUUUGUCCUCGUAGUUUUUCUCCUUUUUCAGCAAUCAAUCAGUGUCCAAUGAAAAGUGGGAUGCUGCAAGCUGUUUGUUUAAUUUCUUACUGAAAAGAAAUUUGAGACAAUUUGUGUUACUUUUAAAACAUCGUAACAAUUCAAUUUCAGAAGCGUUCUAUGACUUACUAUUAUGAUUAUUAUUCAUUCCGUACAAUCUGAAUGGAAUGUAAAGUUUAAGAGGGACAUCUUCAUUGCACUCAAAUCUAUGCGACUCCUCACUAGCCUUUAUUUUUCCUUCUUAUUUUAAAGGUCUAAGACGAAUGACUUGGUAUUUCUAUUUAGCCGAUCUUGCAGGUUCAAUCACCGGCCACAGACGCACUCCUUUACCUCGCUAAGCCAGAGAGGAUGAUGAUAAAGAGGAAAGGUUGAGCAUUAGGCUAGCAACUCUAUUCUGUA